GUACAGAUAUACACGCCGCCAUUGAGGGACCCACGAUCUGGAGGAAAGGGUCAGAGAGGUACUUGUACCAGCGGUGCCUGCACGUUUUUCCAGUCUUCUGCUACAACUUUGGCUUCAGCUACCGUUUUUAAUACUUGACUCAGGCUCUUGACUUAUUUGCUGUGGAUGUUUUUGGGUCGAAAACUGUCUUCAUCGUUACUACAAGGGAGCCUGUUGUUUUUCUUUUUUUUUCUUUUAAAAAAAAAAAGUAGAUUCUAGAAGUAACGGGCAGCAGCUAUAACGAGGCUACAGCAGGCUAGCUAACGUUAGCCAGCGACCUGGCUAGCUGCACACGAGCUGAGCAUUGCUCGGUGGUGGCGGGGGGGCGGUUUGCCUACAGUGUCAUUUGAUGGAUCCGAGGAUCGCCUGGUUCCAACCAGAACAACGUGGACCCGCUAACAACCUGUGGAUGCAGAUUUGGGAGAUGACACAGAGAAUUGGCUACUUGUACGUGAAUAACAGCUACACUACUGUAUCGAGCCCAAAAGCUAACGUUAACGGGGUGUCGGGAGCCGUCGUCGCGGAAGGAAACGAGGCACCCGAUACAAAAAGCAGCGGCAUCGGAGAAGCCAAGACUCAGGGGAUGUCGGCCCCGAUGGGGGAUGGAGAAUUGACAGUACAGGGGGACUUUAUACCACUCGAAACUAACAGCAACCACAACAGCCGAGUCGUUGGUACGGGCGGUGUCGGUGGAGGAGGGCAGCAACAGCACGGCGGUGGGGUCGCUGUUAGCGGAGUCACGGACGGACAGCCCCCCAAGAGAAAAAGGGACAACAAAGCUAGCACUUUCGGAUUCAGUGUCAUCUUGAACGGUGACAAUAAAGAAUAUGUUGGUUACACGGGCACGCCAUGGAAAGAAAGGAACUACUCAGAGGGAAUUAUAGGGCUACAUGAGGAGAUUAUAGACUUCUAUAACUACAUCUCCCCACGGCCAGAGGAAGAGAAAAUGAGACUGGAGGUGGUGGACAGAAUCAAGGAAGUCAUCCAUGACUUGUGGCCAAGUGCUGAGGUGGAAGUGUUUGGGAGUUUCAGCACUGGUCUUUAUCUACCAACAAGUGACAUUGACCUGGUAGUUUUUGGGAAGUGGGAGUCACUCCCUCUCUGGACUUUAGAAGAGGCGCUCCGAAAGAAAAACGUCGCAGAUGAAAACUCCAUCAAAGUUUUGGACAAAGCCACAGUCCCCAUCAUUAAACUGACAGACUCUUACACUGAAGUUAAAGUGGACAUCAGCUUCAAUGUGACGAGUGGAGUGAAAGCUGCACGUCUCAUCAAGGAAUUCAAAGAGAAAUAUCCUGUGCUGCCUUAUCUGGUCCUGGUGCUGAAGCAGUUUCUACUGCAACGGGACCUCAAUGAGGUUUUUACCGGUGGAAUUGGCUCCUACAGUCUCUUUCUCAUGGCUGUCAGCUUUCUGCAGCUUCACUACAGGGAGGAUGUGUUUGGUCUCAACAUCAACAUUGGUGUUUUGCUCAUUGAAUUCUUCGAGCUCUAUGGGCGCAACUUCAACUACCUGAAAACGGGCAUCAGGAUAAAAGACGGCGGGUGCUACGUUGCCAAAGAUGAGGUUCAGAAGAACAUGUUGGAUGGCUACAGGCCCUCCAUGCUCUACAUUGAGGACCCACUGCAGCCAGACAAUGAUGUUGGCCGCAGCUCUUACGGUGCCAUGCAAGUGAAGCAGGCAUUUGACUACGCCUACGUGGUGCUCAGCCAUGCCGUGUCACCCAUCGCCAAAUUCUACCCCAACAAUGAGAGUGAGAGCAUACUUGGCCGGAUCAUCCGUGUGACUCAGGAAGUGGAUGACUACAGAGAAUGGAUCCGGAAAAAAUGGGGAAGCCCACUCAACAAAAACGAAGUCACAUUGUUUGAAUCGCAGCAGCUUGAUGAGCGCAACAACAACGUUCCAGAUGACGACGAUGAUCCUGUGGUGGCUGUACUGUCAACUCCUCUCAGCAAAACCUCCUCCAACUCUUCUUCCCCGUCACUCCGCUCCUCUCCCUCCUCCUCCCCACUGUCGCCGUCUUCCACAUCCUCUACUUCCACCUCAAGUGAUGGGGACUCUGAUAGUACACCUUGUAAGACUGCCAAACAGCAGCCCAGCCGAGGAUCCAGUGCUCACAGAGAAAAGUCUGCUGCUGUCAGCAAUCACAGAACACAGAGCCACACUACCAGCACUCCACCUGGAGGCAACAAGGGAGGAAAGGCCAGGAUGUCUCGUUCUCACCAAAAGAGUGGCCAUCACGGGCAGCAGAACAACUUCUCCGGUGGCAAAAGCCAUCCGAGCAACAAGCCGCACCACCACCAGGCCAGCAGCAAGAGGAGGAAAAAUGUGCGAGACUCUACACAAGAGGAUCUUUACAGAUAGGGUUAAUUUUGCUAGCAUCACCCCACAUCUCCCUUCCUUUUCUGCAACGGACUGUCACAUCUUACUUCUGCUGCCAGACUCGGGAGACUACUAGUAUUGAAACAUCGUCCAGAACUCUUUCAAUCUGGCUUUUCAAGGUGACGAGCAACAUCCUCUAGCAGGGAGGGAAAAACUCACAAAGAGAAUCGUAAUUGGAAAUGGACAUAAUUUCAUGGACUUGAACUGAAAUCACAAAGGGUAAACGGUCAGUUUCCAGCUUCCCAACAGCUUCUUGUAAGGAGUGGGGUUUUUCUUUCCAUAGCCAGCACCUACACAAUAUGCCUCUUGCGCCUCCUGCUGUACAGGAAUGGACAGGCCAGGUUUGUGGAAUCACCUCUGGAGCAAUACCUGGAACUGCUGGCUGGAAAAUAGGAUCAAAGGUUUUAAAGAAAAAUGAAAGUAUGCAAAUGGCUUAAAAUGUACAAA